CCUGGGGGUGGGAUCCGGUGGCGGAAGUGGCCCGGACUCCAAGGUUCCGGCGCCCCGGACGGAAGGCAGGCUUUUAGGAAUUAGAGGCUCUGAACCUGGCACGGUCGCGCGUCCGUCCCUGAGAACGAGAGUGUUAGAGUCACCAAGGAGAGUGACAGUACCUGAAACCUCGGACUGCCACACCAAAUAAAAGAGUCCAUCUUCCUCCAACAUGGCAGGCAAGAAAGUGCUCAUCGUCUAUGCACACCAAGAACCCAAGUCCUUCAAUGGGUCCCUGAAGAAAGUGGCUAUUGAUGAACUGAGCAAACAGGGCUGCAUAGUCACUGUGUCUGAUUUAUAUGCCAUGAACUUUGAGCCAAGGACUACAAGAAACGAUAUCACUGGUGCUCUCUCUAAUCCUAAAGUCUUCAGUUAUGGGGUGGAAGCCUAUGAAGCCUGCAAGAAGAAGGCUCUGACCAGUGACAUCCUUGAGGAGCAGAAAAAGUUCCCGCUGUACUGGUUCAGUGUGCCAGCAAUUUUGAAGGGCUGGAUGGACAGGGUGCUGUGCCAAGGGUUUGCUUUCGAUGUCCCAGACUUCUAUGACACAGGAUUUCUCAAGGUAUGUACCCUGGGGAUAAGGAUUGCUACAGAUCCUUCCAGUGGGAGGAAGGCAUCUUUCAAUUUAUAUUUCUAGUUUGCAUCUUUGUAUUAGGUAAAUGGUCACUGAGCACUUACUGUGUGCACAGCACACUGCGCAUGCUUAAGUGCAUCCUUUUUAAGUUCAGAGAGCUUUUUGACAGUGGAGGAGGCACAUACACAUUAACCACACACAAGGCAAAGGAAAUAUGGAGCUGGAUGCUGCUGCGCAGGGGCUGAAAUGGGAAAUGACAUGAGCAGCAGGGUGCCAACUCUGUAACAGUUCACCUGCCUUGUACCAAUUCAUACCUCUGGGCUCUGUGUGCCCAUCUAGGGAAAAAAGUUGCAUAGCACCAGUGUUUUAAGGGAAAAGAGGUGUGUGGUACUUGGUGGGUGCCUGUGCAUAGUGGCUGUAAACUUGUACUGAGAGAAUUUCCUACUAAAAAAACAACUUUAAAUUCUCAAAGCCUCUGAAAAUAAGUGUAUACAAGGAAAAUGAACCAGGUAACCAAGAUGCUGUCCUUCAUUGCUUGGUCAUCCUAUGUGGGCCCCACUCACCAGCCACCUUCCCCCACA